GUAACAGCAGCAUCACACGAGCAGUGUGUGCAUGUAAAGGUCGACCAGCCAGGAAGUUGAGGUUUUCUGUGGGAAGUAUGCUGUGUCUGGAGAGAAGGAUGCUGGGACUUGUAGGCUUCAUAGGGGGUGACCUCCAUGCGACGUUUGGGAGACUCCUGAGAUGCACCGUGAGGUCUUCAGCAGUCCAACAGACUUCUGGCUCCACACACCAUCCCCAGAGGGUGUGGCUCUCCUCACAGGCACCACUCUGUGGACACCAUACCCCUAAACAUAGGACAGGCCUGUAUGGGCCUUUUACACACCCGCAGCAGACACUGAGGAGUUCCCGUGGCCUUCUCUCCCUCCCCCUUUUCACCCAGAGGGUCACCCUCUCCCAGGGACCCAACACCUCCACAGCCAAGAUCAGGUUGCGAACGCGUCUGGUAGUCACCCUGCUGUUCGGCGGGGGUCUGCUUGGCACCUGGUGGUACGUGCGAAACGAGAAGCGGCAAAAUCACCGAUUGCAGCGUAUAGAGCAGUUGAAAAAGGUGGCCCUGGGCCAGGGAGACUUCAGCCUCCUCGACCACAGGGGGCACCGCAGGACCAAGAGAGACUUCCUGGGUAGCUGGGUGCUCCUCUACUUUGGCUUCACCCACUGCCCUGACAUCUGCCCCGAAGAGCUGGAUAAGGUAUCUGCUGUGGUCAGCGCCCUGGACAAGGACCAAUCUCUCCCCGCGGUCCAACCGCUGUUUGUGACGGUCGACCCGGAACGAGACAACGUGGCGGCCCUGGAGAGGUACGUGAAGGACUUCCACCCCCGGCUGAUCGGCCUGACGGGUACCCCAGAUGAGGUGAAGGUGGCGGGGAAGGACUACAGGGUGUACGCCAGCCCUGGACCUAAGGAUGAGGACGGGGACUAUAUAGUGGACCACACCAUCCUCAUCUACCUGGUCAACCCAGAUGGGCUGUUCCUGGACUAUUACAACAGGAUGAAGGACGACGUGCAGAUUGCUGAGAGCGUCAGGAACCAUAUGAAGAGCUACAUCAAACUCUGAGUGAAUGACGGUAACCACACCAACAAGACUAUCAAAGACCCAUGGUAUGUCACACUUAAACUGAACCCAGUCCAGCUAAUCUCCAUCAGAAAUUAGGCCCUGUGUUAAAUUAUUCCCAGACCCGACUGAACCACAACAAUAUGGACACUUCAAGGCUAUGCUGAUUCUGUGUGUGCAAUAAGUUGUUUUUGUCCAACAAUAAUGAUAUGGAUAUGAAAUUGUCUUUAUACUCGUCUUUUGUCAAGGGCACGACAAUCACUAGUAUACAGACACUAGUAGGUGUUGCAAUAUUGAAAGUGUCUUCACGUAAAAUCCACAUGCUCAUGUUUUAUUUUGUACACAUUUUUGGCCAUAGUAAAAAACAUUUUUCCUUACAAACCAAUGAAACAUAAUUUCCCAAUUUAGGUUAUUCUCUUCAAUGAAAGUAGAAAAAUUAUCAAGUUCUUAAAAAGUCCUCAUUUUAUAUAGAAAAUGUAUGAGUUCUACACCACCUGGACAAACAUGCAAAUAAAAAGCUAUAUAUACAAUUGUCAUGGAUACAAAGGCAA